AUGGCUGCAAAGUUCUCGCCAACUCCUUAUAACCAGGGUAUUCCCCCGCCUCAGCUCCCCAUGGCCUGGAAGCAAAUAAAAAGAAGCGUCUCCAAUUGGAGCUUGAAUCUGCGUGUGGCCGUCAACGACGACCUCACCAGCAUGGAAGUCUACGAUCCAGCUCCUCACCAUCUGGACGAAGAGCCUACCGAAAUGCACCUGAUCUUGCCAAGUAUGCCCAGCCCAGGUACACCGAAAACACCCAUAUCUAUGAGUUCCGUGGCAAUUUCGCCUUUUACACCUUCGCCAGUGGUUUCUAUGGGAAACGGCUUCAACAGCGUCGAUAUCAAACGCAACCUGGCCUACAUACCCAAGAAGAGUGCUCCACCUCCGCCUUCACCGCCAACUCCACGAAACGCAAAAUUGAGGAAUUUCUUCAAGAUAUCGCCCAAACCGCUUCUGGAGGCUCCCGAUGUGGUCAAGUCGAUUCUACAGCGAGCUGGUACAACCAAAGGCAAUUCAAAACGGCGGCUUAAAGACAGGGCGCCCAGUUUGAUAAAAAGGUCGAAAACGGUGAAAACUGAGAACAGAGAAAAGGUCUGUUUGCAAGAGAGUCUGAGUGAAUGUUCCUUUGCCACGGCUACUUCUUUCGAAGAAGAACGCACACUCAAUGUGGAGAAGCCUUCAAUCAAGGCCAUGGCUGAACUCACCAUGGAGUCUGAUAAAAAGGGUAAGUUGGACCCUGGAUCGCCAUCCAAGGCUUUUGCAAACGGCAAUGUCGCCGAAUUGGGGCCUCCAAUGCAACAUGGUGCAAAUUCCAAUGGGAACAGUAGCGACGAUUCAUUCAACUUCUUUGAAAAUCCCGCCAAGGCGCCAAGCCAGAAGACACACAAAAAGAGGAUUUCCAGAACCUCCAAGCACGGAAGCGAUAUCAACUGGGGCGACGAAUUGGCAAAGGAGAUGGUCGAGAUGCUUGAAAGACACCGGCUACAGUGA